GUUUAUUUUGCGUUAUAGCUCAUUGCAAAAUUAAAAACACAACAUCAAAAUAGACUCGUCAUAAAUGACAACAAAGCAGAAGCAGAAAAAUGGCAGAAAGCAACGCCAUGUCGAAGGAGGAAGGUGAAGCCGGCGACGUCGGAGGAAAUUGGUGGGGCGGCUUGUUGAAGACUGUGCAGGAAAAGUCUGGCAGUGCUUGGGUCCAGAUGAGGAAAGACCUCGGUGAAUUUGGAACCACCAUCCAGCGAGACACGGCUCAAGCAGCCGCUUCAACGGCAACACUCAUCAAAGAGCAGCUCAAGGUCCAAGAAGGAGAGGAUGCGGAGAAUGAAGAUGUGACAACGACGGCUCGGAUGAAAGUGGGUUUUUCCAAGCUAUUGACAGGUCUCUCCCAGAGUCUGACACCGGCCGAAUCAAGUGCGUCGUCAAAAGACGAUGACGUCCCCAUAGCUCGCAAGGAUCCUCACAUCUUUGACAAAGCCAGGGCUCGUCUCCAUGCAAUGCAGACGGACCCCACUACGUACUGCAGCGAUCCUGAUGGCGUGCCAGACUACAAAGAGUGGAUGGAGUCUUUCAAUGUGGAGAGCUUCAAGGGAGAGAUUUCGGAACUGUUGGUAGUUAAUACCGAUGUCAGGGCACUCUACACAAAACUGGUACCAGCCGCCGUCUCUCAUGUGGAGUUCUGGGGGCGGUAUUUCUACAGAGUAGAACAGCUGAGGGAGGAUGAGAAGAGGAGAAGGGCCCUCAAGGAACGUGCGGACAUGACAUCAUCACAGAAAUUUGAAGAAGAAGAUCUAGGAUGGGGAGACGAAGACGACACUUGGGACACCGUACCUGAUGCGAUGAAGAACCAAUCUGGACUAGAGAAGUUUGUUGUUUUACCGGAAGACAAUGACAAGGAACCUAAAGAUGCCUCUUCUACAAAUAACCCAUCAGAAUCGGAUCCAAACCAACCAACAGAAACAAAUACCCACCAUGCAACUGAAUCAUCAAUAUCACAAAAUACGAUCACAGACUCUCCCAAGGACUCCCACGAACAAGAACCUUCUCAUAUAUCGGAUAAACAGAAACCAAGUGAAGACAGUAGACCUACAGAUGUUGUAACCCAAUGUGAUGAUGCGACAAAAGUAGACCAGGACUUGAGUAGACUAAGACCAGAACCUGCCAGCCUCACAAGUGUACUUGGACCUAGUCCUGUUGUUGCGACCGAGAACUCUGAAGCGGAAACUGCUGCACCCAUCCAAACGCUCCAAGUGUCUUCCACUUCGGAUGGUCCUGUACCGGAUGCAACCACAACAUUGAGAGAUACGGAAAGGACAGUUGGAGUGGAGGGGGAACAAGGAUCAAGGGUUAAAAUGGACAAACCACAGCUUGAAGGAUUAACGGUUGAGACAGAUAGUAAAGAGGAAGAGAGUAAAGUGACGACAACAAAGGCGACUGAACAGGUUUCGCCCGUGGAAUCAGAUGGAAGCAAUAGAGAAUCAAGUCUCAGUGACGACUGGGAGAAAGACUUUGACGACAUCGAAGUGACGGAGGAAGACCUCAAGAAUGCUUCGGUUAAGAUUGCCUCAGGAGCGGUGGACAAUGAUGAUUUGGACGAUGAUUGGGAGAGUUGGGAUUGACCCAAGGGUUAAUCUUCAAGUGCUUUGGACAAGAUGACCUUUCUUACCAUGUCGUCCCAGAAAAUUGUAGUUCUGGGCGAUCUGUGCUCUGUAAGAUGAAGGUUUGCGAUCAAUGACUUCAUGGCUUUGACUAAGCUUUGACAUUGUCGCAUAUGCUUUUCGCUCGAAUGCUGAUAAGGAACCGAUAAAAACUGUUCUUUUGCAAUCCAUCUCUAACCUUUAUGAAAUGUGACCCUGCUUAUCCAAGGGUAACUGACCAAAUGAGAUCUUACAAAAUGCUUUAAAGGGGAAGUUCACCCUGACAAAAAGUUUGUUGUAAAAAUAGAAAAAAAAAUAGUAAGAAAUAUUAGCGAAGGUUUGAAGAAAAUCGGUUAAAGAAUAAGAAAGUUAUUAGAAUUUGAAAUUUUGGAUUUGUGACGUCAUUAACGAGCAGCUGCCCCAUAUGUUAUGUAUUUUAAAAAUCUAUAAAUUUCACCUUUAUAAUGGUUCCUGAUGACUUAUUUUUCUUUUCUUUUCAUGAUUGGGUGCGAAAUGAUUCGUCCAUUGAUAUACAAAAGGUACAGUCCAAACCAUUUUCAAUUUUCUGAGAAAAUUACAUUUCAUUCAUUUGUUACCAUUUGCUACAUGUAUGUAGGAAUGCUGCUCGCAUAUGACGCCACCAAUCAAAUAAUAAUAAUUCUAAUAACUUUUUACAUUUUUUGAUGUAUUUUUCUCCAACCUUCUGCAGUAUUUUUGAGUUUUUUUCUGCUAUUUUAAAAUAAACCUUUUGCCAGGGUGAAAUUCUCCUUUAAUCAAGGUUUCUUCUCCGAUCCUGGCUUUUAGUUUUUCUCUCAAGAUGCUAACAAGGAACCAGUCAGAACGGUUCUUUUGUAUUUGCAAUCCAUCUUUAACCUUUACAUCACGGGGCCCUGCACAUCCUUACUGAAGCCUAGUCAAGCUUUCUCUUCCAAUCCUACAUGUAGACUGCAAUUAUCUUGAUGAUUCAGAAAUUUGAGUUUGAUAGAGAUAGCUAGGAUAGACUGAAAGAAAAUUUUCUAGUCCUUUGGAUAGGAUUACUACAUGUAUAUUGGCGCAUCAAAAUGAUGAUCUUGCUAACUUGGCAAUCUAUUUGAUCAAAUGAUUUCUCACAACGUUAUUAUUAAAGUCAAGCUUGCUUCACCAAUUUCGACAACAAUUGUCUUCAUGAUUCAGCAGUUUAAGUUUGAAUGAGUGGAGGAGACCUCACAAAGUGCUCUUGGUUAAACUCUAACAUGUGCAUGUACUUGCCAUUAGUGCAAGACAUACGAUUGGUUUGUAUGGACCCUUGGUCUACUAGCAGAUGUUAUAAUUCACAGGUUGUCUAAAGGCCACCUCACACCUUACGACUGUUCGCGAUCCGAUUUUGGAACAAAUCUCAUUUUGCUAAUUUUCUGAAAAUGUGAAUGGAAAAUGUAAUUUUUUUAAAGUUAAAAUUAAUUGAAAGAAUACUAAUAUAACCAUUUUGAAAGAUUGGAAACCUUCAUUUUGGAGUCAAAGGCCAAAUUAGCUUCAAAUCGCAGCCAAUCGUACGACUGCUAUGAAGUCAUUGCGACUAGAUAUUAAAUUUGCUUUUAUUCUAAGAAGGAUGAUAGCAUAGUCACAGAUUAGAUCAUAGGUAUUCGUGCGAUGAUUUAGAACAUUACACGGUAAGAUAUUCCAUCGAAUUCUACUGUGUGCGGUCGGCUUAACACCAUGGAUAAAACCACUCGGUCUACUCUCAAUCUGUAUUGAUGAUCGUUAGGUCAAAUCACCACUUUCACCCUUAGUCUCGUGCCUAGAUGGUGUUAUUUCCUCUCUGUCUCCUUAUAAUAUUGCUUUUUCAAAUAAAAUUUGGUUCAUGAAAGUUCAUAAAAUAAUGUAGAUUAAGUGGUGUCAGAUCAAGUGAAUAACAAAAUAAAAAGAUACCCCCCCCCAAAAAAAAAAAUACUUUGCCGACCAACUUUGACAAUCUUAGUAAUAUCAUCCUUUGUGUCUUGGAUGUGCCUGGAUGCAAAGUAAUUGUUGCCUGCUUCGUUCUGCUAUGAUUAUUCCACUUGGAUAUCAUAAUAUAAUCAUGGGGGAGGGGGGGGGGCAUUGAGGGUACUCUACAGUGCGUAUAAAAAAAAUACACUUAGAAAUAAUCCUAUAAAAUAAUACAUCUAUAAUAUUCUGGAGCUGUUUCCACAUUUAUACAUUGGUACAGAUCUCUUUAUAAUAAAGCGAGCGAUGAUAUAUCUGUCAAAAAUCUUUCCGCUUGAAUGAGCACCACUUACUUUUGAAAAGUCUGUGAAAUACGAUUUCCGCAGAACUUGGCAAUAGUUAUAUGGAUAAAAGUAGAUGUUAACUAUGAAGAGCACAUGGACUUUUGCUAUUAAAGAAAGAUUGAUUUGAGGAUCAUGAUAGCUUUUACCUUUUUCACUCUUUUCCUUGCCCAAAACACUUCAUCAAGUGCCAAUGAAUCCCCCUGCCCCCCCACACACACACCGAGGUCAUCGUGAUGAUAUUUUCUUUACAUAUAUCGCAAGUGGCAAUUAAUUACACAUGAAUGACACGUUUCCGAUCACCAAUGGGUAUUGUGAGGGCAGGGCUAUCUGUCGUUAAUAGUGAUUGCAUCUGAAUUAUGUAGUCAACGGACAUGUGGGCUGUAACUGAGAGUGGUCUUUGAGGGUACAUGUUAUUAAAUCAUGCGGUUGGAAACUUGCUUUAAUAUUGUCAUUUUAUUUUGUCUUAAUCUAUAAUCUUAAUCUAUAGAAAAUCUGUAUUGCCUCUAUUAUUUUUAUUUAUUUAUUCAAAAAAAGUAUAUUGAUGUAAUAUAUGAAUAUCAUGUGGAGGGGUCGUAAAGUAUUUAUAUAAAUGAGAUGUAAAAACUGUUGCCAUUAAUUUUGUAGAUUGAUUACUAAUAGAAAUUAAAUAUUGGUUUCCAUUGGGGAAAUUCCUAGGACUGUGUGUUGUUAUAGCAACAAACAUUAAAUUUCCUAAUGAUUUUGAAGCCCGCAGCAAAUUUUUCUCAAGUCACAAGUUCAGAGUCGGACACAAGAGGGUAUUCUGGCACUAACCUCAAACACAACAUGCAAGUACAUUAUACAAAUAGCGAAUAGGCAUGAGUGCGAUGGUGCAAAAUUUCGCAUGAGGUGAAAGAAAGAUGCUCUAUCUUUCUUUCACCUAAUGCAAAAUCUCGCACCAUCGCACAAAUAAGAAUAUUCGCUAUUUGUGUUGUACAACGCCUCGGAGUGAUGAAAACAGAAGAGUUUUUCCCUGCAGUAAUCUAUGAAAAGGGAGCAAAAUAUCGAAAAUGAAAAGCAAAAUCCCACAAGUGCAUACACUGUAUGACCUCUGGCGGCAUUGUGCAUUUAGCCAACAAGCUAUUUGUGUAUUUCAUCUUCAUUUUUUACUGAGCGCAAUGAAUUUAAUCGUAUUGUGACAUCACCUCCUAAAGCCGUGCAACGGUACAUUUUGGAUGGUACGGUGUGUGUGCAACGGUACAAAUGUUUGACAUUCAGUCUCCCAUUUGCUCGCGCACAACAAGUUAAGUACAUGUAGGCAUUGUACAAUAUCAAAUUGUCAACCUUUCAGAAGAUGAAAGUGCCUGUUAUGUCAAACACAAUCACAAUAAUAAGUGUGACUUAUGAACUAUAUAUAAGGCAUGCUUACAUGUAAGUGAUGAUGUUCAUGUGAAAUUCUACGGUACAAUGUCCUAUGAGCACAAUUAAACAAAUGCAAUGAGAUGCUUCAUACUGCCUGGACUAGGAAUUAAAGAGCAGUUUUUAGUCGCACUUAAAUCUUUGUCCCCCCCCCCCCCCCCUCAUGGGGAAGGAAUUUUUAUUACUUUCAUGUCAAAUACAUUUUUUUUUAACCCCACGAGAAUCUACUCUGUAGUUCAGGCAAAUCGAUACUUGUACAUUGUGUAUGUGUAUAGUAGGUGAUGGGGUACCGUAUAUCAAAGUAUAUGCUAUUCUGUUGUUUCAUCCACGUUAGAAAUCAUAUAUUUGCAUUAUUUGGCAAGAGGUGGACAAGUGACUUACCUGUAAAUGUAUGAGUUCAUUACAUGUACAUGUAGAAUAUAAAACAAAUCAACUCCUGUUUUUUAUCAGUGAUGAAUGCUGGAUAGUGAAUGCAUGUAUACACAAAGUGUUUAUUUUGGUUUUUGAGGGUUAUCAUCUGGACUAUUCAUAAAGAAAUCAUUGAUGGAAGUAGCUAUAUGGUUUCUAAUUUAUCUGUCAUUAGACUCUAUGGUAUCCCUCAAAUAACCUACUUUUUAUAGAACUAUUCUGACCACAAAUCAAGGAAGUGUUUAUCCAACAUUCCAUGUUCUCUGAUGUGUAUCAAGAAUAAAUAUUGUCAGUAAAUAAAGCCACUCACCAGACAAAUAAUACACCUCAAUUUAUAUAUACACAGUACGUUUAGAUUUGAAGUUCUAGUAGGAAACUGCAAUCG